AUGUCGCUUCAAACAAACAACCUUUCCAAUAUCCAGUACUUGCCCUUGUCGAGUAUAAAGAGACCGAUAACACCAGUACUAGAUUAUGCUAAGAUAGAUGCCAUGGAGUCAACACUUCGAGGUGUCCCUAUGGCUUCGUCCACUUGCCCUAAUAUUUCAGAGAUAACUGCCGGAGAGUUGCCUCCUAUAGACGUUCUUUGUGUUAGACACGAGGGAAAAACCCACUAUUUUGCAUUCGGUGGGUGCCAUCGUUUCCAAGCUUACGAUAGAAUGCAGCAAAAAGAAGGAGAUGAGACAAAUGAAAAAUCUCCUGUACUGGUUCGAUGCAAAGUGCUUCCAGCCACCGUUAAACAGUUGAAAUUGUACCUAGGAGCUUCUGUUGAAUCAGUUCUUAACGAGUAA